CGUCACGUGACCUGCGCCAUGUUUAUUUUCAGCGAAAUGACGGAACUUCAGCUCAAGCGCUAGGACCACUGGAAUGGAUGUUUGCUUGUCUGCUGUGCUUGUUUCUGCUUUUUACCGCACCCAGAUCGUGGAAAUGGAGUGCCAGUAGGCAGGAUAUUUGUUGGAAUAAACUAAGUUUACCUUAGAACAUCUGCAUAAUACUGUAAAAACCAGAGAAACAUGGGGGAAGAGCUACCGCCGCUGCCGCCGACGACCCGACCGGGCCUGGUUCAUGGAGUGUCGUUUGCCGUGCAGAUAGGAUUUGUGCGAGAAAAUUUUCAGAUUCCCCCAGAGGGAGGUGACCCUUCCAUCCCACUCAUAAAAGAAAUUGUUACCUCAAUGGUUAGACAAAGAUUUCCAGAGCAUGAUUUUUAUGGAGUAUAUGACAAGCUUCUGCUCUUCAAGCACAAUCCAGGUACGAGCUACUCUCUCACACCCGUAACCUCAGUUAACGACGUGACGGAGGGUGCCCUCAUUGAGGCCGUAUUAUCAGAUCAAUGGGAUGGUAGCCGAAUGAAUGACCUCGUCAGCCAAAAUUCCUCUGCCUCAGCAACUGUUGAAGACAGACAGAUCCGGCCUCACACUUUAUAUGUCCACUCCUACAAGAGCCCAACGUUUUGUGACUUCUGUGGUCAGAUGCUAUUUGGAUUAGUCAGACAAGGACUGAAAUGUGAUGGGUGUGGGGGAAACUACCACAAACGGUGCGCUUUCAAAAUUCCUAAUGAUUGCACGUUAUCCAAGCGACGGCGCUCUUCCUUAGCGAUCUCCUCCUCCAGUAUUCCUUGGUCUCCGUCAGAGACCAGUUUGUCUAGUGAAGAUUCUCAGCAGCAACAGCAGCAGCUUGCAGUAUUUGUAACGCACUCCCAGCAGACUCCCCUAGUGAAGAGCGACAGCUACAAGGAACGGCGGUCACCGUCAUGGGGCAACCGGCCACUCUGGGUUGAGCGGGCAGUAGCCAGUCGCAUCAAGGUGCCCCACACUUUUGUUGUGCACAAUUACACCAAGCCAACCAUCUGCCAGUACUGCAAAAGGCUUCUGGUAGGGCUAUUCCGUCAGGGACUUCAAUGCAAAGAUUGUAAAUUUAACUGCCACAAAAGAUGUGCUGACAAGGUCCCGAAAGACUGUUUAGGGGAAACACCACUACAAGAAGGAGACAAUGAUGAUCAGGAGAGGCUGAUUGAGAGCGAUGAGAACGAGGCUGAGGAGAAUGAAAAUGGAUCAAACAGGGACAGUAUUGGAGAUGAGACACUGCCAGACUCCCCAGUCAAUGAAAAUCCACUCAGCCCCGUUCAAAGCAACAACAUUCCACUCAUGCGUAUUGUGCAGUCUGUGAAACACACUAAACGAAGAGGAUCUCAAGUCCUGAAGGAGGGAUGGAUGGUCCAUUACACAGACAAGGAUAGCAUGCGCAAGAGACAUUACUGGAGAAUAGACACAAAAGCUAUUACUCUGUACCAGAGCGAGAGUAGCACCAGAUAUUACAAGGAAAUUCCACUGUCAGAAAUCCUGUCUGUUAGGAUGGUAAAGCCCUCCCAGGAUGGGAGCGGUAGCGGUAGCAGCAGUAGCGGUAUGGGCAUCUCGAGCCUCGUAGGAGGCGACGGAUUCACAUCCCACUGCUUUGAGAUACAGACUGCCAAGACAACUUACUAUGUAGGUGAGAGGGCCUCGCUAGGGGACAGCAGCUCAGAGAAGGGGUCGGGAGGCAGUACAACCUCCAGCUCUAAACUGCCAGUGCCGUCGAGCUCUUCGGUGGACGAGGAGCCUGAACAGAGCUGGGUUGGGGUGGAGGUUGCCAGAGAAUGGGAGCAGAAGAUCCGACAGGCCCUCAUGCCUGUUACUCCUCAGCAAAGUGCCACUAGCAUCACUAGCACUUCUAGUCCAAGAAAUGAUUCUGUAAUACAAAUUCCCAGAGGUUAUAACCCCCAUCGUCAUCAAGAACGCAAAGAAGGUCCAGUGAAUGCUACAGAGAACGGGGAUGAUUUCCCGGCCAAGGCCACAGAGCCAUCUUUUCUCAACAAGAGAGAAAAUAAUGACAUCAGUCAACACUACCAGAUCUUCCCAGAUGAAAUCUUGGGGUCAGGACAAUUUGGAAUUGUUUAUGGGGGUGUACAUAGAACCUCAGGGAGGCAAGUGGCAAUCAAGGUUAUUGACAAGUUUCGCUUUCCAACCAAACAAGAAACACAACUCAAGAAUGAAGUGGCCAUCUUACAUAAAGUACGUCAUCCUGGUGUAGUGAACCUAGAGCAGAUGUUUGAGACUCCAGAACGUGUGUUUGUUGUGAUGGAGAAGCUCAAGGGUGACAUGCUAGAGAUGAUCCUCUCCAGUGUCCACGGCAGAUUAUUUGAGAGGGUCACACGGUUCCUCAUAUCCCAGAUCUUGAUUGCCCUGAAGUAUCUUCAUUCUAAGAGUAUUGUACAUUGUGACCUCAAGCCAGAAAAUGUUCUUCUCUCAUCAGAUGGCGAUUUCCCUCAGGUCAAACUGUGUGACUUUGGUUUUGCUCGUAUCAUCGGUGAGAAAUCAUUCCGUCGAUCGGUGGUUGGCACCCCAGCCUACCUGGCCCCAGAGGUGCUGAGGAGUAAGGGUUACAAUCGCUCACUAGAUAUGUGGUCUGUUGGUGUCAUUGUCUAUGUCAGCUUGAGUGGUACCUUUCCGUUCAACGAAGAUGAAGAGAUCACGGAUCAGAUCCACAAUGCAGCGUUCAUGUUCCCACCCAAUCCAUGGAACGAUAUAUCAGAGGGAGCCAUUGACCUCAUACGGAAUCUCCUACAAGUCAAGAUAAGGAAACGCUACACAGCUGACAAAUCUUUAGCGCAUCCUUGGUUACAGGACUAUCAAGUAUGGCUUGAUCUACGAGACCUUGAAACAAUGGUUGGCCAACGGUACCUGACCCACGAAAGCGACGACGAGCGAUGGGACGCCUACCAACAGGCUCAGAUGGGUGCGGGCAAUGACCCCACAUCAGGCGGGAAUUCCUCGGACAGUAACUCGACCCACCUACAACUGAGUCCCGUUAGGCACAUGGACCGUGUUAGCACGCUGUGAUCAUCUGAGGACCAGUGUGCCACACCGUGUUCCCUAAGCAAUUUCACUUUCGGUCAUUAAACAGGAAUACAAGACUAGUCCCUUUUGGUGUGGAACAAAAGCCCUUUACAGUGAGUCCAUCAUACACUUUCAAGUAGAGCAGUGAUGCUCUGUCCAAAUCAUGUACCCUCACGCUUACACAUCAGGACGGAUGUAGACCAAAAGAAAUAACGAAAUGAGAAAGCAACGUCUGAGCAUCGUAAUUGGAUACUGCAGUCCGAUGUUGAAAACACUUAAAUGACUGGAUGUACCUAGUAUAUCGGGGUGAAGGAACAGUAUUUAUCGUCCAUAAUCUGUUCCGACUUUGCCUCAGCAUUAAUAUCACCUUUAUUUUUAUUCUGCAAAGGAUUCUACCUUACCUCCCGAGUGUCAUCAAGAAAUAUUACUCUUCUUAUGAAGCCCUUCGGUUACCUUCUGGGGAGUGUUUCAUGUAGGGACGAGUCCGUACCAUUCACCGACUAGUUUGUUCUGAGCCAAUCAGAUGCAAGGAUUUCAGUAGCUUAUAACAGUUGUCAGUGACUACUUGUUUCAUGAAAUGCUCCCUUGGCAUAGCUCUUCAUCUAUCAAUUAAUCUUAUUUAUAUCACAUGGAUGUACUUUACAUUUCAGCCAGUAGUUAUCCUGAUCUCAUAAGUGAUUUCUCAUAUUGACAGGGGAAGAUAUUUGUCUUUGAUACGGAUGUCAUGCUUUAGCCUGGAUGAUAACCUCUGAUUAUUUUAUGAAGCCAGCAAAGAGUCAUCUCAUUUUGAAGUCCACGGACAGAAGAAACAACUCAAGAGAAUGUCAUCCAACAUUAUCUCCAUACUUUUGUUGAAAUUUACAGCCACAGAACAAUGUUCCUUGCCAGAGUCUCUGUCAGUUUGGACUCGAAAUGGAAACAAUAUAUAAUAUAUAUAAUAUAUAUUUAUACAUGUAUUAUUUUUUAGUUUAUUUUCUGUGGAUAGACUCGAGGAAAGAAGAGGAUACAACUCAGAAACAUGAUUGUAAGCUUGAUUGCCAAGCAGAGACAGUUAUUGCGCAACCACAAUCGAUGGGACAAUGUGUUUUCAAUUAACCUACCUUUACUGGCAAAGAAUGAAGACUGGCUCAUUGGAAGAAAACAAAUGUGAUGAUAUCAGUGGAUGCAUUAGAUAAAAAGGAGUGAAUGUAUUUAUUCCAAAUACAUUCUGUCCACCUGAAAAUAGUCUAAAUCAUGCUGUGAGAAUAUACUUCUACAUGUUACAAAACUGCAAGGAAGUUUGACAGACAUAGCUGUGUGCCUUCACAACAAUACAAAUAUACAUAAGUCAACCUCUGCCACUGGAGAUAGUUGAUGAACAAUUCAGAACUCAUAAACACAAUGUAUCAUUUCCCAUGACUCAGAAGUAUUUGAACCUACUCGACGGCUAUUAACCAGUGGAGCUUUGUUUUUAUGGAUGCCUAUUUGAUGUUUUUUCGCACAAACUUUAAAGUGUGCAUAAAUGGUUUUCGCACAACCACGGAGCAAGUAUGGAAGCCGAACAAAUUGCGGAUAAAAAUGGCACCUGAUGAAAGAAUAAUUUUUUUUUGGAAAAAAAUAGUGAAUUCUUUCAGUGUCACAUUAUGAACAUUUUUUUGUGCAAUAUAUAAUCCCUCGUUCAUUGUUGGGAUUUUAUGCUGAUUUAGAGUGUAGUCAACUUUUGUGUGUAUCUAGAAUGGAGUGUAUGAUAUUAUCAAGAAAAAUGGUCAAAGCAUAUUAGGGAGUUAACAAGUCGGUAUAAUGUUGUGUUCUUAUCUGUAAAUGGUCAAAGUAUGCACACAUUUUCCUUCAUUUUUAUUGUUUUUUUAAAUAUAAAUUGGUGAUUUUACUGAGUGUUGCUCAUAUUUUGUUGGUCAAUUUCGUCAGCGAGAUGGAAGAAUUUACUGCGUUUUGUUCAUUUGUGAAUAUGUGGCAUAAGAUACAACCCUCCCCCUCUUUUACAUCCCAUGAAAUCUCUGUUAAGUAUAAUGUAUUGUUGGAUUUGAUUGUGUGGCUGUUGUACCUGAGAUCUCAUUUUUAAAAAAAGCUGUAUAAUUGGAAUUUUAACUGUGUGAUGUAUUAUUUUAUGCUAUAAACCAUUUAUGUAAACAUGGCUCUUUCUGUCAAAACCAGUUGUAUUUUAUGACUUUGUUGAAGAAAGAAGAAGUUGAAAGUUGAUUCGGGUAUAAUUGUCCACAUACACAUGUCCAGGAUAGAUUUUAUACAACAUGCAGAAAGCUUUCAAGAAAGUUUCAGAUUCUCUUUUUGCUUGAGGUUUGUUUACAAAAGUGAGGGGCUGUUGAUUUAAUGGCUACUAUGAUGUCACCUUUUGAGAGAAGUAUUGUUUUCACACUAUCGCAGUAUAUACAAACUCCUUGUUUUGACAGAAAGAAUCAUAUAUAUGGUUCCAGAACACUCUUUUGAUGUGUUAUAGAAUUUGUGACAGGAAUACUAGUGAAGACAAAAGUGAGAAACUAUUUGUAUUUUACAUUAUUGAAUGAGAUAGACAAUUUCAAAAUUUGAUAUAGUGGCAUCAUGACAAACACAGUAAUCUUUUAAGAUUUUUAUGGUUGUGUAUUGGCAUUGAUAAUCAAUGUCUUUUGUGUAAUUCCUAACCAAAAUUAUACAAUAUAAGCCUCUUUCCUUUCUAAACCAGGUUUGUGUGUAUGAAAUAUGCACACUCAGUUUGUAACUAUAGUUAAAAAAAAACAAUAAUAAUAACAGUAGCUAUGAUAUUGUGUGCAUUUUGUUUUUAAAUACAAAAUCCAGAAUUAGUAUUAUUUUGCCUUUUUCACUUAUUAUUUACUCUAUGCAAUUACGUGGUUUAAAUUGCAUAUUUAGGAGGUGUAGCAACAAUGUAUGCAUAUUUUGAGAUGUAGUCUUUGAAAGGAGAUGUAUAGGACCCCUCCCUUUCUUUACUGACCACCGUUCCAAUUAAUAUUAUAAAGAAAAAGCCAGAUAAAACAUGGAGCAUUGCGGUUUACCAUAUUAUGAAAUGUUAUCUACUCAAUGCUGUAUCCCUUUCUAUACUUUGAUAUAUUUAUAUUUCAGACAAAUCUACCAAAAAGUCCCUUCCUUGUGUACCGUAUUUCCAGAGCAACUUAAUACAACUUCGAUUCAGGAUCAUAUAGAUACACGGUCACAAUUCCUGGUGGAAUGAAAAAAAAAUGUGUUGUUCCCCCACUACUUUCUUCAAAUGUAUCAUUUACACUAGUUAUCUUUAUUUGAGACUUGAGAGCAUUACAUUGGAUUUGCAAUGGUAUGUGCCAUCAAGUGCCACCACUAAUAAGUUAAAUUCACAUAUUUAUCGAACAAACUUACAAAUUCUUGAGUUUGGUCAUGUAUUAUGAAAAUAUUGAUAAAGCUUUGAAACCAAGACCAAAUUUCACACGAUGAAUUGUGAUGUAUUGUGGGUAAAUUGAUCUCCUCUGACAUCAUUUUUUUUCUCUUUCAAUAAUUUUUUUUUCAUAACUUCAUUUUCAUAAAACAUAUGACAUCAUCAUUCUCUAGGGAUUAGAAUAUAAGGGCAUACAUUUACUAAGAUGUUUGAAGGAUAAUAACAACCCAUUUUAAUAGAGUGCUUGAAGAAGAAUACACUUCCAAUAUAUUAACACAUGGUUUGAAAAAUUGUGUUUUAAGAUGUGUUUAAUUUAACUUUACUUGGAGAUUUGAUCUAAGUGAAUUUAAAUGAACAGCUAUUGUAACUAUAACAACAAAUGUUAAUUCAGCACCCUUUUCUAAAAAGUUUUUUUUUUGUUGAAUCAAGUAUACUUUUACCAUAUCCAUUUUAACCUAUCCUUGUGAAUAUAGGCCAUGGAUAAUUUUAUCUGAAAUGUGUGUGUAAAAGGGAUGUGAUGCUUUGAUUUGAAGGGAUGUUGAAAUUAUCUGGGUUGAAAUUUCCACCCUUUCUAAAAAAAAAAAAAAAAAACACGAACAAAAAAUGUAAUAUUCCCUUCUUGCUCAACAAGCUUUACUCAUUUGGAAUGGGUUAUUGUUUUGCUACAACUCUGAUACGUUGAAAUAUAUUAAUCAGUGAGCUAAUUAUUUGCUUGCUUGUUGUCAAUCCUCUGCAAGAUACAUAUGCUUGCCCAAAGAAUACACUUGCCAAGGGUAUUUGCACUAACAACUUAAAAGGAUUAUUUUUUUUUUUUUUACAUUCUCAGUUAUCUGAACAUGCUUUAAUUAAAACCAAAAGGUUGCAGUCGUAAAAUAAUUUAAGUUUGCUAACAGGUCUUUCAUUGUCAAUUAUCAGAUGGAUGCUUUCAGUAUUGUUUUAAAACUGAUUUAUUAAAAAAAUAUAUUUUCAAUUUGCAGUUAACUAAAAUUGUUGUGGAAUAUGCAAAUAACAGCAUAAAAUACAUAAAUUAAGCAGAAACAAAAAAAAGAAUGAAAACAAAACCAAAACACACAGUACAGUAAUAGAUGGAAACUAGCAUGAAUUUGAUUACACAUCCAAUGUACUAGUAGUAACUGUAAGCCUUUACUAAUUAUGUUUUGUGGAAUCAAGUUACUUUAUGAUCAUUACAUGUAGAUCUUAUGCAUACCUAGUCUUACAGAAGUUAAAGUAUGGUUUAUUUUUUUUUGUAAAGUAGAUUUGUCCUUGCCAAGUAAUAUUCAUUUACCAGAUAUGUUUUGUAUAUUAGAAUUUGUGGAUAGUUGAAAUACUGUGGUGCUCUUCAGAUUGUCCAACUUAUUUAUUCUAAAGAUAAAAUUUUUUGUAUUUACUGUAUCUCCUGUUUCAGACAGAAGAUGCAUUACACCUACAUUAUAUAUCAAGUUGCAGCAGUCUUGUUCUUUUUCAUUUACCUCUGUUAAUGAUUACAGGGAUAUUUAAAUAAAGGCGCGUUCAGAUAUGGCAUGGAAAUGACAAGAAAUUUAACUGCCUUGGUUUUGUUGAUCUUAUAGUGUGAAGCCGGUAGCUGAGAAACGGGGCUCAAUAAUAUUUAAUGGACCCCGUUUGAUAAAAUUGCUGUCUAGUGCAAGAAGGUCAUUAUUAAUUUGAAUGAAAUUAAGGUCCUUUUUGUGGAAUCUUAUGCAAUAGAGACAUGACAUGUUGUGUAUUGUACAUCAAUGUAAGGAGAGUGCUGGUGAUUUUUGCCAUGUCUUUAAACUUUGUUUUUGCAAAGGGGAUGGGCCUUACACAUUUCCUGUAGGGGUAUUUGUUCGACCAAAUUCAUUGAUUUUUAUAUAUAUAUUAACUUGAUACAGAAGAAUUAAGUGGACAAUUGCUGUUCCUUGAAGGUGAAAAUUUGUAUAAAUUUGAAAUCAUUAUGUAGUGAUUGGAUAAACUGUAGUUAGUGCCAUGAAUCAGUUUAUAAUUGGCUGCCUUUUUUUAUUUGUGAACCAUUCCAACCAUACUGUAGUAUUUGUCAAUUGUAGUAUCACAGAUUGGUGGGGGGGGGGGGGUGGGGUAAAUAAAAUAAACAAUGACACUUGCAAAAAAAAAUUCUGAAGUUUUAAGAAUCCAUUGGAUAUGGUUCAGGUUGAAAUUGGUUAUUUUUAGCCAAGCCCAUCCAUGGGUCAGAUUCCAUUGGGUACACCUCAAUCUCCAAAGUUGUGCAUACACGAGUCAACAAUCCUGUAGCAUUUCUUACUUUUCUUAUUCUGGUUCCUGUAUCACAAAGUUUAGCGAUUAAUCAUCCGCUUGAUUUCCACGAUAGUACGUUGUCAAUACAAUCAAUCAUAAAGAUAUUCUUCUAUGAUGAUCGCUAAGCUUUGUGUUGUGGGCUCCAGAUUGUUUCCCAAAAUGUAUCGAAAAGCGCAGUCAUCAUUGGAAGACUACAUGAACACUCGAAUAAGGGUGUUGGUAACCUCCGCACGUUGCCACUUAAUUGGCUCGUGCUUUAAUAGUCGGUGAUGUUUAUUUGAAUUUGCACAGAGAAGAGCAUGUAUCCCGCCCUAAUUUAGAUGUUGCCGUUGGCUUCAUAAGAAUGGAUGAGAAAUUUGAAGAAGAAAUGAUGAACUAUUUGUAAUAAUGCUUGACUUUCUUGCCUGGUUGAAUGCUGAAUAUAUCUAGUUUGUGAGCUGCAAGUAUUUGGAAUACAGCUUUUUGGGGGUCUUUUUUUUUCUUCUUUCUAUUAAGGGGUAGACAGUGCAAUCUUGAGCUUUUUUUUUAGUGUUUUGUGUUCCCUUUAUCUCUGUGUAUUUUUCAGCUGUCACAAUCAUGUUUAAUCAUUAGUCAGUUUGGACAACAUAUGCUCGCUGUUUUUUGAAGAGAAAAAUACCUUGGUUAUUAUGUUCAGUUUUUGUAUUUGGUAGAUUAUUAUACCAUACUAUGUUUUAUGAUGCGGCCAAUGCUUUGAGUCACAAUUUGUACUUUCCGUGAUUUAUUUUGUAUCACUGACGAGUUGUGUUUUAAUUCCAAAUGCAUCUGCUUAAAAACUCCUUGAAUAAUAAAAAAAGAGAGAAGGUUGUCUCAUGCAAAUGA